ACACUCACCCCCGAUAAGCUAAUCGAAUGACAAAACAUGGAUGAAUAGAUUGUGUUGUUCUGUGGACAAAAGUUCAUGAAUGUGUUGUUUAGUUUUAUGUGGAUUAACGAAUGAAAUAUUUUACUAUAAUUUUUUGUGCCUUGGUGUUAUGUACUAAAUGUCGUUUCAGUCUUUUUAAAAUAGUAAAAGAAACAUGCCCUAGUUGACUUAAGAGCAGCGUAAAUUAAAAUCUUUUGGCUUGUGAUUGUUCAAUUUUCUUUGUCGGUUGUUGACAGCAAAAAUAUGAUAGCUACAAUGGCAGAAGGUGGUGAAGAAUGUGAACUUCAGCAGUUGGUUCCACCUGAUGAUGAUCCUCGACUUGCUAGCAAGUCUGGAGAGGUUACGCCUCCUAUCACGCCAGGAAUUAGCAAAGUAACUCAUACCUCCCCUUCUUCACCCUUAAGUUACAAAGUUUCAUCUGGUGCAAAUAGCUCUAAAGGUAUCCACAGUCAAGGAUCACUGAGGCUGAAUCGCACUGCUACUGCUCCAGCAAUGAGUUCUUCAAACCUCAACACGCCACAAGGAAGUUCACUUGGGGGGCAGCAACAAACCCGUUUGUUAUUUGUGAAUGAAAAGUUAAGCAGAGGUCCUUCAUUGAUAUCCGAGAGCAGUGGAAGGCAGCGAUUGAAUCCUGCAGCAGCUCGGCUGCAUAACACCAAGAGAGGUGAGGAACAGCCUGGCAGAGCCAGCUUAGAGACUGCAGCUGCCAGGAAGCUGUCACACAUAGUGAGAGCUCAACGCAACUGCCAACACCACUCUUUUCUGUCAGAUGUGACAGAUGUGCGGCGAAUGGAGACAGCUCUGCUUCAUUUGUUAGAAGAUUUCCAUUCUGGGAAGCUACGAGCCUUUGGUAAAGACUGCAGCAUGGAGCAGAUGACUGGCAUUCGUGAGCAACAAGAAAGAUUGGCUCGUUUACAUUUCGACCUAGGUGCCCAACAGGAGCUCUUUGCUCCGCUCAGCGAUGAAGGGUUGCGAGCAGGUCAGGAAAAUAUGCAUCGGCUCAUGGAAAGCCUGGAGCAGCUUAGCUUAUCAAUUGAGAAACUGCAUUCCUUCUCAAGCGACAGUAGGGAGAGCAGUGUAAUGCAAGAUUAGCAGCAGGCGAAGGGUGUGCCUGGGAGUACAGACCCUACUGAACAGUGAUGUGGUGGUCCAAGGGACUUGAAUAAAAAUAUUUAUGUUCUUAUGUACAGUGUACAAAUUCUUCUGUAAGUGCCAAAUAAGGUGAAAUUAUGAAUUGAGUUUGUGUAAAUAAAAGUAUGAAUUUUGGGCAUUAUAUAAUAUUUAUAUGAAGACAUUGUUUUUUUUUCUUGUUAUUAAUAUUACAUUCCAUGCUUGUAUUUUAUUGUAUUGUAUUUAUGAUGCCCUCUGUAAUUAUCCGUGCACCCAAGCCCACUCAACUUGUGGUAUAACAAAUUCCACCAUUUUGUGCUGGUUGUCUUGGAAAAUAUUGUUGAGAACAUCAUGGUGUUGCAUCGUGGUGUUAGUGAGUAGUUCUGAUUAUGCUCAAUGAAAAAAGCUGAACAUAAAUUUCUGGGUAUACAUUUUCUUGUUGAAAUUUAUAACUACAGAUAGGCAUAGAUGUAAUUGCUAUUUCCAUAAAACGUUUCCAGUACAUGUUAGCAGUGUCCUUUGGGUAAAAAAAUUGAUGUUUAGAUUAUGUCAAGCCUUUAGACAUUGUAGAUAAACUGUUAUUCCAUUUUUACCAGGAUGUUUUGGAAUGCUUUGGAAACCAGACUUUUUUUUAAGGUGAAGCGAAUGUACAUAAAAAUAUCUACCAAUUUAAUGGGCUUGAGAAAGGAUGUUUUGGUUACAUCCUGGACAAAUGAUUGAAUGGACUUUUUUAUUACUGGUAAUGUGUGAAUCGAGGUUGUUGUGUGUUUUUAUUUUACUCCUUAUGGCUUGGCUGUAGUCCAAGAGAUUUUUAUUUGUCAGGAAUCAAUCUUUUACUUUGCCCCAAAAGUAUAAUCUUUCACCUACUUUGUAUUACUGGUACCUUCUAACCUAAAUCACCUUGGGUAUUAGUGUUUCAAACCAGUAUUGAGAUUUAAUUGUAGUUGUCUGCCUUUCAAAACUGAUUUGUGUCUAUAAAUUAUUUACAAUAUAAAUGUGUGAUAAAGAACAGCUCAGAGUGAAAUAUUAAUUUGCUAUGAUUAUCUUACACAUACAUUGCUUAAUGUCAGCUCAAUUGUAUAUCAACUUGUUUGUUGAUUUUUUUAAUAUCAUGCCAAGUAAGCAUUUUUUCUGUAAGUAGCCUAAUAUCAAUUAGAUUUUCGAGAAAUAUAUUGUGAUUUACGUUAACAUAAAGUUUUGUUUCGGUUUUCUUUCAGUCAAGCUGUAUCUUGAUAGCUCUAAUACUUGUAGUAAUCACUGCAUGCUGAGUUAUAAAUUUGAAUCUAUAGUAUGGAAGACUAAUUGUCUCAUAGUACCUAUAUUCAUACUCAUAAUUUUCUGGUAAAGCCAAAUGCCUGGUUUCCGACAUUGAUUCCCUAUACCUCAUCAGAGAUGUGGUCCUGCAAGAGAUUUUUUCCUUGGCCAGAAAAAUUCUGUUACUACGAUCUAUCAAUCUCCAUUAUUUCUGCAGCUGUUUCCACACAUUUAUUCAGGUAAAUUAAAUAACUAGUGCCAGUAAAUGUUGCAUGAGUGUGCUGCAAUCUGUUCUAUUCACAUUAUUUCAGGAAAGGUGUUCAGGAAAAUGAAUUUCUAUUGAAAGUAAUAUAUUGAUAUAUCAAAUUUCAUUGCAAGCACACAAAAUUACUAUGUAAAUAUGACAAUUAUGAUGCAACCGUGUAUAAUUUGUGGAAUUAUUGA